AUGGGAGAUAACGAUCUUAUAAGUGUACCAAAAGAUGGUGAUGAUCGAGCCGCUUUGCAGGAAAUAAUAAAUGGGUUUCAAGUACAAUUGAAUGAUAUCUUUAAAUCAAACCAAUUAACUCAAGAUUAUACUAUUUUGAAAGGGUUUAUCAAUUUUGUACAAUCAAAAAUACAAUCGGUGUUAGAAAAUAACUUUCAACGUGCAUUGAAAGAAUCCAAGACCGACGAUGCUGUAUUGGAUAUAAAUUUUAUUCCAUUAAUCCUGGAUUCGACUUGGGAAAGAAUAUGGUACCCAAUUUUCAAAUGGUUUCAAUCGUUUAGAAAAGUUAUAUUACGCUCAUCUGCUAAUAAGAAUCAACCUAGCUACAUGGAACUCAGAAAGUUGACUUCUAAAGUCAAGAAAUUUUCAAGUUCGGUAGCCGAUUUUUAUAUGACCACUAUUUUGUUAUUCCAUAAGAAUGUCGAUACCUCAUUAAUAAUUCCAAAGUUUUUGUCAGAUAAUUUAAAGCUAGCAUCAAAAACCAACCCAACACUUUCUCCAGUAGAUUAUAAUUCAAAAUUCGCAGCAUUAUUGAUAAGAUCAUAUCAUAGGUGUCUCUUGUAUCUUGGUUCAUUACACCGUUAUAAAGCUCUAUGUGAAAAAUUCAAUAACAGAUACAUAGUGGAAGAUUUCAAUAAAUCACUCCAAUAUUUUAAUUGGGCCAUACUAUUGUGUCCUUCGGUUGGGGAGACAUAUUUCCAAAGAGGUCUUAUUUAUAUGCAACUGAAUAAUGUUUCAAAACUCUGUGUUAAUAAUAUCAUUGGUUGUCUAGUACCAUUACGCAGCAGGUCCGCAUUAAUAAAUAUUAACAACCUAUACUCGAAGAGUGAUAGUUCAUUACACAAAGCUGUAUUAGAAGUUCUUUCAUCAAUUCAUAAGGAUGAUUUAAUUGGAUCGAAAAUUGUUAAUAGAGAAAUAAUUGAAUAUUAUACAAUUGUGUUAUUAGGUUAUCACUUACAAAAGGAGUCCUGGGCUGAUAAGUCAGGAAAAUCAGGCUCUCAAACAAUUAAUAGCAUUGGGUUAAAGCAUCUCGAGUUAACUCUGUAUGAAAGAAUGUCCACUAGAUAUAUUAAAAAUAUUGAACUCAUUUAUCAUAAUGUCCUUUCAGUAAUAGGGAGCUACCAUUUAAUAGAGACUUUGAAAAAAGAUUGUGACAAAGAGGUAACUAAACAAAGUAAGAAAUAUUACUUAAAGUUUGCAUUUUCUUUUAUAUCUACUGUUCUUGAAAAUGUUGUAAUCGAUGGAUGGAUCAAAAAUAUUGAAACAUACCAAUAUUUAUCGAUAUCCCGUUUAGUGUUAAAUUGGGUUCAAGCUAAUGAAGAUGUAUUAGAAUACGCUAACAACAACUCUUUCUUUAUUCAGCAUGUGGCUACUUUAUUGAAUAGUAUUUUAGACAGUAAAUAUAUUUCCUACACAGAUCUUGAGGUUAAGAUACCGAGAACAUAUAUGUUGGAAGAUGAUUUGAUAUUAAAUAGCUUGGCGAUCCUUCGAAAAUCCUACUCUGAAUUUGAUGACUCUGUAAUGAUUACAGCUUCUGAUCGGAUCGAUAGAUUAUCAGGACACGUGGAUCAUUCGGAAAAGUUAGAUAAGAUAGGAGAAUCUACGUUGAGAAUGAAAUCUAUCAUUAAAAUGGGUUCUAACCUUUUAUUAAAAAAUAUACAUGAUAUCACCUGGGAUGAAAAUUCAGAGAGAUAUAAAUUCACAAAGACAAGAAAGAGAACAAAAUUUAAUAACAGAGAACCAAUUUAUGGUACAGACAAUAAGUAUCGUUCGAACGAUAAUUUUAAUGUGAAUACUGAUAAAGCAUCCAAAGGUUUAUUCUCAAAGGAUAUUAUUAAUAAAUCGCAGGUAAAGAAGAAUAAUCAUCCAAAUGCUUCAAAGGACAUGGUCUUCAACGAUAUUCAUCGUUCCAACAAAAGCAAUGAAGGACAAUCUAAUAAGGCGGUUCCUAUAUACAGUGGUUCUUCAGUGGUCGCACCAGAAUCUUUCAAUAUCAAGCCAAGUAUUGGGAUGGCCAGUAAAACCCAAGAAACUGAUGUGACAGAACAAUACAAAAGCAUACCUAUACAUGAUGAUACAAGUUCGGGGGCUUAUCAAAACCCAUCUAUACCACUGGAGGUAGAUACUCCGCUUGAUAUGGCAACAAUUGAGAGCGCUUUGAGAGAAUUAACGAAACAAGAGAUUAAUGAACCGACAUAUCGCGAGCCAUUAUCAACUGAAGCGCAACAAUUCUCUCUCGAAUCAGAGCCUUCUUCCAUCCCAAGUAUUCCAACAACACCUUAUUCGAAUGUCAUGAAUCAUUCGCAAUCACAACUGGAUCAUCCUCUAUAUUAUCCAAACCAAAAUUCUUCCAAUGGAAACUAUGCACAAUCGUCAACCUCAUCGAUGUAUAUGAAUAAUAUUGUUGGAAAUCCUAUGCAACAGAAUAUGAUACAAAACAACAAUAUCGGUUUCAUGAACGAACCACACCAAAUGCGUGGUCCUCCAAACAUGGUGCCUAAUGUAGGCAUGAAUAUUACACAACAUAAUAAUUAUAUGAGUUUUGGCUCAGUAGGUUCUCACGCUAUGUUACCACACCCAAAUAUACCAGUUGCUAAUUCACAAGGGCCAAAUAUGUGGAGUAAUUCCCAAUUUUUACCUGUUAAUAAUAUGCAGCAGGUUCCAGAGCAACCCUACCAACAAAAUCUAAAUCCCUCACACGCACCACAGCAACAGCAACAGCAACAUCAACAUCAAUACUAUCCAUAUUCCAAUAUGAAUGGUACUCCAGAGUGGUAG